GAGGGUGUCACGUGCUAGGCUCGGGCGUGAAACCUGCGUGGCCAUGUUGAUUUUUGGCGGCGCUGACUAGGGGAAGGGAGACGGCCCUAGACUAGCUGCUUGGAGUUCCGGCUUCUAGGCGCAAGUGCGGAAGUGCGCUGGCCCCGAGAGUGACUGGUUUCCGGCCAGUGGUGCGGCGCCGGCUGUCCGGAGACGUGUAACGGACAGUGAGCUGCAGUCAUGGCCGAAAGGAAGUCUAACGGCGGCACCUCCACCUCCUCGUCUAGCACUAACUUACUUUUCUCCUCCUCGGCCACGGAGUUCAGCUUCAACGUGCCCUUCAUCCCAGUCACCCAAGCGGCCGCUUCCCCGGCCUCCCUGCUCUUGCCCGGAGAGGAUUCCACCGAUGUUGGUGAGGAGGACAGCUUCCUUGGUCAGACUUCUAUUCACACUUCUACCCCACAGACAUUUAGUUACUUCUCUCAGGUAUCAAACAGUAGUGAUCCUUUUGGGAAUAUUGGACAGUCACCAUUAACAACUGCAGCAACGUCGGUUGGACAGUCAGCAUUCUCCAAGCCCACAACUGCUCUCCCUUUUACAACUGGAUCCCAAGAUGUGUCGAAUCCAUUUUCAUCAUCCAUUUCAAUGGCUCAGCACGGUGCUCCACCUUCCUCAAUGAUGGGAAUAAAUACUUACCUACCUUCUCAGCCUAGUAGUCUCCCUCCUUUAAAUUUUGGGAGUCCACCUCAAGCAGCCCCUCAACCAGGGUAUAAUCCGUAUCGCCAUACCCCUGGCAGCAGCAGAGCUAAUCCUUACAUUGCACCACCCCAGCUGCAGCAGUGCCAGAUACCAGGACCUCCUGCUCACCCUCUACCUCCUGGACCCCCUGUUAAAAUGUACCAGAUUCCUCCAGGAUCUUUGCCUCCGAAUCCUCCUUCAAUGCAGCCACCAACACAUCAGCAGGUACUUGCUAGACCUGGGGUUCCACCUGUGCAGGUGCCACCUCCUUUUUUACUUCAAAACCAAUAUGAACCUGUUCAGCCCCACUGGUUUUACUGCAAAGAGGUAGAAUAUAAACAACUAUGGAUGCCUUUCAGUGUGUUUGAUUCUUUGAAUCUUGAAGAAAUCUAUAAUUCAGUCCAGCCAGACCCUGAAAGUGUGGUUCUAGGCACAGACGGGGGGCGCUAUGAUGUUUAUCUUUAUGACCGAAUGAGGAAAGCCGUGUAUUGGGAGGAGGAGCCAGCUGAAGUGAGACGCUGUACUUGGUUUUACAAGGGGGACACAGAUAGCAGAUUUAUUCCCUAUACAGAGGAGUUCAGUGAAAAACUAGAGGUUGAAUAUAAAAAAGCUGUAACUACGAAUCAGUGGCACCGCAGAUUAGAGUUUCCAAGUGGAGAGACUAUUGUUAUGCACAACCCAAAGGUUAUUGUUCAGUUCCAGCCAUCCUCAGUGCCAGAUGAAUGGGGGACCACACAAGAUGGACAGACAAGGCCCAGGGUUGUAAAACGUGGUAUCGAUGAUAGCCUUGAUGAAAUUCCUGAUGGGGAAAUGCCUCAGGUUGACCAUUUGGUGUUCAUGGUGCAUGGCAUUGGACCUGUAUGUGACUUGCGCUUUAGAAGCAUUAAUGAAUGUGUGGAUGAUUUUAGGGUGGUUUCUCUCAAAUUGCUGCAGACACAUUUUAAGAAAUCUUUAGAUGAUGGGAAGAUAAGCAGAGUGGAGUUCCUUCCAGUCCACUGGCAUAGUUCCUUGGGUGGGGAUGCCACAGGUGUUGACAGGAAUAUUAAGAAAAUCACUUUACCAAGUAUUGGUCGGUUUCGUCAUUUUACCAAUGAAACUUUGCUAGAUAUUUUAUUUUAUAAUAGCCCCACCUACUGUCAGACAAUUGUGGAAAAAGUAGGAAUGGAGAUAAACCGUCUACACGCACUCUUCAUGGGUCGGAACCCAGACUUCAAGGGAGGGAUCUCUGUUGCUGGUCACAGUUUAGGUUCUUUGAUAUUGUUUGACAUCCUGUCUAAUCAAAAAGAUUUGAAUUUAUCAAAAUCUCCUGCACCUCUUGCUAUUGCUAAUGGAGUUGUGAAGCAGCCACAUUUUCAGGAAAAGCAGAUGCCUGAAGAACCAAAGCUGAAUUUGGAUGAGUCAUGUGACCUUGAUGUUGAAAAUGAAGAAGUCCUAACUUUGCGAGAAAUUCUGGAAGCACUUAGCCUCUCUGAAUAUGUUAGCACUUUUGAAAAGGAAAAAUUUGAUAUGGAAUCUCUGCUUAUGUGUACAGUUGAUGACCUGAAGGAAAUGGGGAUACCACUUGGACCCAGAAAGAAGAUAGCCAACUUUGUAAAACAUAAAGCAGCUAUGCUGAGCAAAGUAGCAUCAGAAAAGAAGGCAGUAAUGACCUCUUAUACAAAAGGACAAGAGGAAAAUGCUCAGAAAAGUAAAGAAAUGACUUCUCUUCCUUCAGAAUCUAAUGAGUCAAAGAGGAAACUUGCAGUUGGUCCUUAUGUUUCCUCUGUGCGUGUUGAUUAUGAAUCUUUUGAAGUUGGCACAGGACAGGUUUCUGUUGUUUACAACUCAUUAGAUUUUGAACCAGAGAUUUUCUUUGCCUUGGGAUCUCCAAUUGGUAUGUUUCUCACUAUUCGAGGAGUUGAUAGGAUAGAUGAGAAUUACAGGCUUCCUACCUGUAAAGGAUUCUUCAAUAUUUAUCAUCCGCUUGAUCCAGUGGCAUAUAGAUUAGAACCCAUGAUUGUUCCAGAUUUGGACCUAAAAGCAGUUCUCAUUCCACAUCACAAAGGCAGAAAAAGACUUCACUUAGAGUUGAAAGAAAGUCUCUCUCGUAUGGGAUCUGAUUUGAAGCAGGGUUUUAUUAGCUCUCUGAAAAGUGCUUGGCAGACAUUAAAUGAGUUUGCCCGUGCUCAUACCUCUUCAACUCAGUUACAAGAAGAAUUGGAAAAGGUAGCCAAUCAAAUCAAAGAAGAAGAAGAAAAGCAAGUAGUUGAAGCAGAAAAGAUUGUUGAAAGUCCAGAUUUUUCCAAGGAUGAGGACUACUUAGGAAAGGUUGGAAUGUUAAAUGGAGGCCGCCGAAUUGACUACGUUCUUCAAGAAAAACCGAUAGAGAGUUUUAAUGAGUAUCUUUUCGCUCUUCAGAGUCACUUAUGCUAUUGGGAAUCUGAAGAUACUGCCCUGUUACUACUUAAAGAAAUUUACCGAACAAUGAACAUUAAUCCAGAACAGCCCCAGCACUGAUCAGACUUCAGUUUUACUGUACUUUCUUGUAGCCCCUGUAUAACUUACGUUGCCGAGAAAAUCCUUAGAGGAUUCCAGUUUGCUCCUGUGAUGGGUGACAGAAAAGCGAUUCAUCGACAACUGCGCAGCUACAAUUCUCGGAUUUAGGGAUUCAAUAAAAAGCAACACACAGAACAAAAAGACAGUGAAAAAAAUUUACCACAUUUGGACAGUAUAGUUGAGAAAAUAUAAUUAUAAAAAUGAGGUAAUGAAAAAUUCCUCAGAUCAGUUUAGUCAUAGUAGUCAAAGUUAUGUGUGAUACAGUGAAGAAAUAUAGCAUGUAAAUGGUUAUUUCUAUUUCUUAAAAAACUAUUGUUAGUGGGCUAUUAAACUGCAUUUUUCUUUUUAUUAAUGCAUUAUAUUCUUUUUAUUCAAGUAUGAACUUCUUGAGAAACUAGUCUGAUUUCUAAGAAAUUUAUGUUCUACUUUGAAUAUGAAUUGUACUUCUCAGCUGCCUUAAUGCAGGGUCAUUUGUAUUUGUUAAGAGGAAGUAACCAAGAUGCAAGCUGAAUCUGUGGGUCCAUAAAGCCUUUCCUCUUGCUGAGAACCUUGUUGUGGAAGGCAGCGAAAUGCACCUUAUUUUACAGAAGUCUGAUGAAGAGCUCUCCCAGUGUGUCCAGCGGGAGAGGAGAGCAAAUGAGAGGUUUUCUAUUUUGUCAUCCAAGGUAGCCGUGCAGUUGCCUUGUUGCUGAAGUUCCAGUUAAUGUGAAAACCAAAGUAGAGUUUUUUCUUUUUCUUCUUUUUUUUUCUUUGUAUUAAUUUCACUUAUACCAAAGUGAUUGAAAAUAUGAAAUGUAUUGCUUCUGAGCUGUAAGGAUACUUCAUGAAAUGACUACUCUGUAGUAUUUCACUUUGUUUUACUAUAAAUUCAAAUUAUCUAAAUAUUUUCCUAAUAGUACAUGGGAAUGCUGAUUUUCUUCUUUUGUUAUGUAGUAGAAACAUUUUACAUUGUUUACAUAGUUCUCAUGGAACAUGGAAUUUUUUGAAAGUGAUAUACGAUACACAUUUUUUGUGUAUAUAUUCUCACUAGUGUGAAUAAAGCAGUAACAUUAAUGCAUUUUUUAAAGCAGCAAA